AAUGGUCUUCCAUAGGAAGCCGAAGUGGAUUGUGGGUAAAUCGUCACCCGUCCGCCAUAUUCGUGGCUAGAGGAGUUUGAAGUCAUGAGAGGAAUUCGAUCUUUAAACAACCUCUCUAAACGGAGCUAUGCCGCUGCCAGGCGAAGUGGUCCUCUGACUCAGCCCUUAGUGGGCCACAAGCCCUCCCCAGCUGCACCACCACCUCCGCAAAAUGUCCAGGUCUCAAAACUCCCAAAUGGUCUGGUGAUAGCGUCUUUGGAGAACUACUCCCCCAUGUCCAGCGUGGGUGUGUUUGUGAAAGCAGGGAGUCGCUAUGAGACUGUGGAAAACCAAGGUGUUUCUCAUGUGCUGCGCCUGGCUGCAAACCUGACCAAUAAAGGUGCUUCUGCCUUCAAGAUCUGCCGCACUGUGGAAGCGCUGGGUGGCAGUCUGAAUGUAACAUCAUCCAGGGAAGCCAUGGUCUACACUGCAGAGUGCUUAAGAGAUCACCUAGACGGAAUAUUGGAGUGUUUGGUCAACGUGACCACAGCUCAGGAGUUCAGGCCUUGGGAAGUGGACGACCUUACACCUAGGGUGAAGAUUGACAAAGCUUUGGCUCAGCAGUCUCCUCAAAUAGGUGUGAUUGAGAAAUUGCAUGAAGCGGCUUAUAAAAACGCCCUGUCCAACUCUUUGUAUUGCCCUGACUACAUGGUUGGCCAUGUCUCUCCUAAACAACUGCAGUCAUUUGUCGACGAUCAUUUCACUACUAACAGGAUGGCUCUUGUAGGACUUGGUGUAAAACACUCUGUCAUGAGGCAGCUGGCGGAGGGGCUCUCGAGUGUCCGCAGUGGGGCUGGAGCCCCCGAGACUAAGGCUGUUUACCGUGGAGGUGAGCUUCGUAUGCAGAACAACGAUGACCUGGUUCAUGCACUGGUUGUCAGCGAAGGGGGCAUAACAGGCAGCACAGAGGCAAACGCAUUUGUCGUGCUGCAAAGGAUCAUGGGAGCCGGGCCGCACGUAAAGCGAGGUGCCAACCUCACCAGUAAACUGAGCCAGGGUAUUGCCAAAGCAACCACGCAGCCCUUUGAUGCCUCAGCCUUCAAUGCCUCGUACUCCGACUCUGGUCUGUUUGGCAUCUACACCAUCUCACAAGCUAACGCUGCCAGAGACGUCAUUAAAGCUGCUGUUGCUCAAGUAAAAAGUGUGGCUGAGGGCAACGUGUCUGCAGCAGACAUCACCAGAGCAAAGGCUCAGGCUAAAGCAGAAUAUCUGAUGUCAGUUGAGAGCUCGGAGGGUCUGAUGGAGGAGAUAGGCGCUCAAGCUCUGACGACUGCAGCGUAUCAGCAGCCCUUGACAGUUCUCCAGGCUAUUGACGCCAUCACCCAGAACGAUGUGGUCAAGGCUGCAAGGAAAUUUGUGGACAGCAAGAAAACCAUGGCAGCUAGCGGACAUCUCAUUCAUACACCUUUCGUGGAUGAGUUAUGAAAUUCGAACAAAGCAAUAAUCAUUUUAACGUGGACAUACGCCACGGGUGUCUGCUCUUCAAAGUAACAUCACGGACCUUGAGGCCUCUGCUGUUCAUUUAAUGUGACUCGUCAUUUUUGUCCAACAGUGAGUGUCAUCACCAAAAAGGGAAGCUGCAAAACACCUGUUGCUCUUUUUUUUGUCCAUUUCUCUGUAUAUCUUUGUAAAUUAAAAAUGACAGUAAAACCAGCA